ACUGGGCUAUCUCAGCUCUGGUUGUGCUCUAAUAAUAGUCGAGGCCGCCUGCUCCUUUAAGAUACCACUUGUUGCCCACAGUCUCCGAAAUAAUCGCAACAAAAUGGUUAUCAAGGUAUUUCUCGCCACUUCAUCGGGAUCCACUGCGAUCAAGAAGAAGCAGCAGGAUGUGGUGGGCUUCUUGGAGGCUCUUCACGUGGACUACACUCCUCUGGACAUCGCCUGUAAUGAGCAGAAUCGCAUGUGGAUGAGGCAGAACGUCCCCGAGGAGAAGAAACCCACCAACGGCAUCCCUCUUCCCCCUCAGAUCUUCAACGAUGACAGCUACUGUGGAGAUUAUGAGACGUUCUUCGAUGCCAAAGAGGACAACACAGUGUAUGCUUUCCUGGGUCUCGCACCUCCUCCCGGAUCAAAGGAAGCAGAGCAAGAGAAGAAGGCUCUCAUAGUGGAGAAUGGGACUCAUGCAGAUGACAGUAAAACAGACGGAGCUCCAGAUGAUUCACUAGAGGUGCCAGUGGAGGAACGCAAUGGAAAAGCCCACGGAGAGGAGGAGCAGGCAGAGGAUGGAGAGGCUGGGGAGGAGGAGGAGGAGGAGGGGGAGAAGGAAGCAGAAGGAGAUGAAGAAGAGGAAUCAGAAGAACAGACAGAGGUCACAGAGGACACACAAGCCGCAGCAGAGGAGGAGGGUCAGGAGGAAGAGGAGUUGCAUUCAGAGGAGGAAGAAGAGCUGCUGGAGCUUGAGGAAGACGACCAAGGCAGCCAGGAGGAAGCGGCUGAGUAGUUGUGACCAGGAGGUGAAUGGGAUUUAGACUGACUACUGCCCAGCCCGAUGGAUCUGACCACACCCACCGACCCCACCCACCCACCUAACCCCGCCCCUUCCUGUUUGCUGGACCCCACUGGAUGCAGCCGAUCAAGAGAUGUGUGAAUUCAUUGUCCAUUUGUGCCGCGUUCUACUGCUUUGUUGACUUAAUUUUUAUAUUUUCUGUGAACAUGCUGUAAUAUGCAGAGACUGGUGACGUUGUCAUUUAGUAUUUUUUAAUGUGCAUUAUUUUUCAAAACACUGCCACAUCUUUUAACACAUUAUCUGAUUUACAUGGCAACCCUGAGCUACGGUAAAUGUCUGAAGUGGUCAUCUCGUCUCCUGCUAAAUUAAACUAGGCUCCACAUAACACAAGUUCUAUUGUGUAAAAAUGCCUUUCUAAACUAGACCGUACUGACAAAAACACUUAAAUCAACUCUUCUCUCUCUUCUCUUUUAUUUUGAUGUUUACUUUAAAUUGUGUAACAUUAUAGUAGAAGUACACCACUUGAAAUAUGCUGCCAAUAGUACUAGAAAUGAAUGCACUUUGUACAUUGAGAAACAUGACUACUAAUUCGAUGCUAUCAUUGAAAUAAAGUAGACUGGUAACAAGAA